AUGCUGCGGAUUUGGUUGGCUUCCGGCGAAGAGUUAGCUCCUGUGUCGAGAGAGAAGAUCCGUGUUUGGGACCUGAAGCGUCAUUUGCGCACGGAGCACAGCAUGCCCUUCUCCCUGCAGCGGCUGAUAUGCGGUGGCGCCUGCUUGGAAGAUGAUGACCAUGUCACUGCACCCUGCGAGCUGCAAUUGGUGCUUUCAAGUGUUGUCAGCGCUCGUCAGAGACGCAAUUGUGGGGAAGAGCUUGUGCGGUUCGCUGCUGAUCGAGGCUGUGCUGAGGUGGCACGACAUCUGCUUCAAGCAGGUGCUGACAAGGAUUACUACAGUAGAAUAGGCCUUCACGAUGGUGGCAGGACAGCUCUCGCUCGGGCAGCAACCCGUGGUCACAUUGAGCUGGUUCGCUUGCUGAUCGAUGCUGGGGCUCGGACGGACACACUGGAUGAACACGCCUUGAUAUAUGCAGCCUCCAAGGGCCAUACCGAGAUUGCCGGUGUGCUAGUUGAUGCAGGAGCCGACAAGGACGUGCUGGUUCAUGGCCGGACGGCCCUGAUGCAUGCAGCCUGUAAAGGCCACACGGCGAUUGCCCGUCUGCUGCUGGACGCAGGCGCUGACAAGAACCUGCAAGAUGAAGCAGGAAAGACAGCACUGGUACUCGCAGCAAGUGCAGGCCACACGGAGAUCGUACGUGUGCUGCUCGAGACUGGUGCUGAGCUCGGUGAAGCUUUGAUACACGCAGCCUCUGGCGGCCACGUUGAGAUUGCUCGUUUGCUGGUUGAAGCCGGUUCCGCCGGUUCCGCAUGUAAUGAAGCUUUCGCACACGCAGCCUCUAAGGGACACACUGAGAUUGCCGGAAUUCUGCUGGAUGCUGGUGCUGACAAGGACGUGUGCCUAGAUGGAAAGUCUGCUCUCCUACACGCGGCUUCUGAAGGUCACGCUGAGAUUGUCCGACUGUUGUUGGAUGCUGGUGCUGACAAAGACUGGUGUGAUCUAGAUGGAAAGUCUGCUCUCCUACAUGCAGCCAUUGAAGGACACACUGAGGUUGCCCGACUGCUGUUGGAUGCUGGCGCUGACGAAGACUUGCGGGAUAGAGAGCGCAAAACAGCUUUGAUACACGCAGCCUCCGAAGGGCACACUGAGAUUGCACGUUUGCUGGUCGCCACUGGCACUGCCUGCUCUGAAGCUCUCGCACACGCAGCCUCAGAAGGCCACAGUGAGAUUGCCCGACUAUUGCUGGAUGCCGGCGCUUACAAAGACGUCUGGCUAGACGGUAAGUCUGCUCUCCUACACGCAGCUUCCGAAGGCCACACCGAGAUUACGCGACUUCUGCUGGAUGCUGGCGCUGACAAGAACUUGCGCGAUCGAAACGGUAAGUCUGCUAUCGUACAUGCCGCAUUUAAAGGGUACGCUGACAUCACUCGCCUGCUUGUGGACGCUGGUGCCGCCUGUGGCGAAGCUCUGGUACACGCAGUCUCUGGAGGCCACCCCGAGGUUGCCGGUAUGCUGGUGGACGCUCGGCCUGAAUCGGAUUCUGUCAAACGUAUGCUCCAUCAUGCAGUCCGCCGCAAAGACGUCGCUCAGAUUGCCCGUCAUCUGAACGAUUUGCAGACGUUAGGGUGCAGGAAAGGAGUGGGGGAGUACGGUAUCCGAAGGUUCUAUGUAUAUAAAGCUUAG